AUGGCGCAGGAUACGAGCUCAGACAUCGAAGACGUUGGCCGUAUGGAGAGCGAGAGGCAACUGAAGAAGACGCAGAAACGCUACCUCGACGACGAGCUUGAGCGGGCCGAUGCCGACUACAACAAGAUCAUCUCCCUCAUUGAGGAGGGGAAGGCUGUCGGUCAAGGAAGCGACGACUCCAUCCACACCAUCGCCAAGGUCCUCGAAGACAACGUCCGAUCAGAGGAAACCGCAAACACCAUCUCCGGCAUCAAAGCCCUGCUCGGCGCAACCGACGAGCUCCUUCAAGUCCACAAGCAAGCAAACCACCACAUCUCAGCCAGCAACACGAACUCAACAGCUCCAGCGGACUACAUGCAAGCUCGCCAGGAUGACCGCGAACGAGUGAAGCAGAUCCUUGCCGCAGGUCGGCGUGUGUUUGAAGGAGAGCUCGAAGCUGUCAAGGAGCAGUCGCGGGCGGGUGAGGCGGGUGGCAAAGGGGAGGCUGCCUCGUUGGCGAUCGGACUGUUCGGUGAUGGUGCGAAGAUGGACGAUAACGGGGAUGCUGGCAAGACGUUGUCGUAUCUUGAGCGUGGAGUGAGGAGGAUGACGAAGGGUCUGAACGAGGAUGAGUAG